AGAAUAGGCGUAUCAGAAGUUCGCACGCUUGAAAAAACCACAUAAGCUGGCAGCCACCGGUUUUAUGGAGUCACGCCGCCGGUGCUAGCGCUAGCAGCCCCGAAUCCUUUUUGGCGGUAAUAACAAAAUCUCAAAAAUCCCCCACAAGGUUAAUCCAGUGCUGUUCCGACUCACCCAGUGCUUCCGCUGUGGUCGUCGGCAAUGGGGGAGGAGGAACAGCAAGAGCAGCAGCAACCCACUUCGACUGACGGUACCGCCGUAGACACAGAGUCCACCCAACCAACUUUUUCCUGGCGGUUCAAUGUUCCGCCGGCGAGAGCCUACCACUUCUGCCACCAGUUCAGGACCGCUUCAAACCCUAACAAUUUUCUCAAGGGCGUCAAAUGGUCUCCUGAUGGGUCGUGUUUCCUUACAAGCUCUGAAGACAACACUCUUCGGGUCUUCACACUACCAGAUAGCGUAAGUAGCUGCCAUGGAAAUGCUUGUUCUUUAGCUGCUGAUGAAGAUUCAUAUGCUGCAGAUCUUGUUGUGAACGAGGGCGAGUCUGUAUAUGACUACUGUUGGUACCCAUACAUGUCUGCUUCAGAUCCAAUCACCUGUGUCUUUGCAAGUACAACUCGUGAUCACCCUAUUCAUCUUUGGGAUGCUUCUUCAGGCCAGCUGCGUUGCACUUACCGGGCUUAUGAUGCCAUGGAUGAAAUAACUGCUGCCCUUUCUAUUGCUUUCAACACCGCUGGGACUAGGAUAUUUGCUGGGUACAAUAAGUGUAUUAGAGUAUUUGAUAUACAUCGCCCUGGUCGAGAAUUCGAACAGCAUGCAACUCUUAAAGGAAAUAAAGAAGGACAAUCAGGUAUUAUAUCUGCCCUAGCCUUUUGCCCAACUCGAACUGGGAUGCUUGCAACGGGUUCCUACAGCCAGACUACAGCAAUAUAUAGGGAAGAUAACAUGGAGCUCUUGUACGUCUUACAUGGCCAAGAAGGUGGGAUUACGCAUGUCCAGUUCUCAAAAGAUGGCAACUAUUUAUAUACUGGAGGCCGAAAGGACCCAUAUAUAUUGUGCUGGGAUGUACGCAACACUGUUGACAUUGUGUACAAGCUUUACAGAUCAUCAGAAUAUACCAAUCAGCGAAUAAUGUUUGAUAUUGAGCCCUUUGGUCGGCAUCUUGGCACGGGUGGUCAGGAUGGUUUGGUACAUAUCUAUGAUCUUCAAACAGGGCAAUGGAUUUCAAGUUUUCAAGCUGCAUCAGAUACUGUUAAUGCUCUAUCUUUCCACCCAUUUCUUCCUGUGGCUGCCACUUCAUCAGGGCAGCGAAGAUUUGGAACUACGGAUGACUGCAAUGACUGGAGUUUGAAAGGUGAUGAAAAUUGUGCUUCUGUGUGGUGCUUUCCAUCUGCUUUGACAGACGAGAAUGCUACCAACAUUACCUAUGGAGAUCAAAACAGUGAUUCUGGACAUGAAGACCCUCCCCUUGAUACUUGAGAUUCAUUUUGGUGUAUUUUUUGUACAUUUUGUAUUAGAUUUUAUCUUAAUUUAGUAAGAAUGCGACCAGUUGCCUCCCAUUUUUGUUGCGUAGAGUUUGUAUCGAGCAGAAUGUUUUAUUUACCCUUUGUACUAGUAUUCAAAUACAACCACCUGGGGUCUUCGUCACUGUCUUCAUGGUUACAAGAUUUUGAAGAAUCUUGAGCUUCUUUUAUCAGUGGAUUAAGGAUGGGUAUCUUAUGCCUGCCUAAAAUUUGUAUGCAUCAAGUGUUUUGCAUA